AUGAAACUUAUUUUAACUGUUGUUGACGUGAAGACCACAUCGGGAAGAGUGAGGGGUCGAGUGGUUGUGGCGCUCAACACAACUCUAUACCAAUUUCAAGGCAUACCAUACGCUGAGCCACCCAUCGGCAUACCAUACGCUGAGCCACCCAUCGGUGCGCUCAGGUUUGCUAAACCCAAACCCAUUCAAGAGCCACGAAAUGAUAUAAUAGACGCCACAAAACCGGGAAACUCUUGCUUACAAAAAGAAUUGCCAAAUGCCCCGGAAGUACAAAAUCAAAGUGAGGACAGUCUUGUGCUAAACAUAUGGACACCAACUCUACCCACAGAUAACACAACUAAUCAGUCACUCAAACCGGUUAUGUUUUGGAUAUAUGGCGGAGGGCUUAGCGUUGGGACCAUUAAUAUGUUUAACGGCGGACCACUGGCCGCACACGACGUAGUAUUUGUGGCCCCGAACUAUAGGUUGGGUUACUUUGGUUUUCUAUACGGGGAUCGGGAGGACGCACCCGGAAAUGUGGGCUUUUAUGAUCAGUUAUUGGCACUCAAAUGGGUUAGAGAAAACAUCCAUCAGUUCGGUGGAGAUAGGGAUCAGAUCACCAUUUUUGGUAUGAGUGCCGGCAGUUUAGCCGUAUCGGCGCACAUACUCUCCCCGCUAUCCAAAGGGCUAUUCAAGAGGGCUAUAAUGCAAGGCGGGGCUCAUAUGUACAACAAGGACAGGGAUCUGCUCAGUAAAGCUGAAGCCAUAGCCGGUGGCAAACGUUUAGCCAAAGAGUUGGGUUGCAGUGAAGACAUGGAUUGGAUUCAAUUUUUACGUACAGUUGACGCCAAGGAUUUAGUUGAAAAAACCAGAUUCUUGUCAUACCCUGUGUUGGACACCGAGUUUUUACCACUUUCUGCUCGCAAAGCAUUUCAGGAAAAACAAUUUAAUUCCGAUUUAAUGGCAGGCAUCUCAAGCAAUGAGGGCUCAAUUCUUUCCGAAGUAUAUGUAAUGCCCAAUAAAAAAGCUGGGGUUAAGGCAUCGGACAAUUUAUAUCACAACAUAGAUGUCCAGAAAGUGAUAGAUUAUUACCUGAAAGGUGUGGACACGAGUAGUACACCGGCUCUGAAGCGAGCGUUUUAUGAAUUUGUCGGCGAUUUAUGGAUAAAAUACCCGACAUAUGAGUUCGCCCGACAAAUGGCCACAAGUGUUGGCAAUCGGCAUAACAUAUACUUCUAUGAACUCUCAUAUCAAAGUCCAUUCUAUGCGAAGAUUCUUGAGUGCAAUGACGAGGAUAUGGCUGUCGGACACGGAAUGGAAAUGCCAUUUGUCUUCGGACAACCAUUUUUAGGGCAAACUAUCAAAUAUUUUGACACAACUGAUCGAAAAUUUAGUCGCGCUGUUAUGCGGAUGUGGACUAACUUUGCCAAAUACGGCAAACCGAACGACAAAUGGCCGCAACUGUUGAGUGAUCCGAAUGUACCGAAAGUGAAGGAUUUAAACCCC